UCCGACGACGGUACAUGUCCGAAGCCUUGCCCAACCCCAAGUACGAAGCUUCACCACUUCAUUCAUUUCAUUUCAACCCAGGGAAAGAUUUUUUAUUUUUAUUUUUUAAAUCAAGAUCUGACGUACCCCUCUCCCCCUCCGAUCGUUCUCGAUCGAUUGACUGGACCGUUUGGGUGGAAAAUUUACCCCCUUCCCACACUCGCUCCUAACAUAAUUUCGGCCCCCCGACAGCUCUCUCCUCCCCAUUUGCUUAAAAAUCGGAGCUUUCCUUGCUGGGAGUUCUGGAUUUCCUUCUGACAAAGGGCGAGUUGAAGGGUUGUUGGGAAAGGAGAGGAAGAAUAAAAAAAUCAGCUUUCUUGCUUCGCUCUUUCAAUCAGAUGCCAUCUAUGAACGUGAGCCAGUUCAGUAAGGUUCAGAGGAGGAGAGACAGAGAAGGAGAUAUUUAUUGAUAUAUAAAUAUAAGUAAUAUAGCAGGGCAAGUUCUUCAGUGGCCUUUUACUGCCGCCAAAAGGGCCCCUUUCUCCUCCGUGUUAGCUUUAUAAUUUCAGAUUCUCUUCUCCGUCUGUCUGUCUGUCUCUCUCUCUCUCUCUCUUUGUGUGGGAGUCUCUUUCUUUCUCGUCAAGGCUGCUGUUGGGCUCCUCAGAGGUAAUUCAAUUCAAUCUCAGAUGUGGAUGUGUUUGACGGUGCUGAUGGGUGGUGUUGUUGGAUGCUUGUGAUUAUGCUAAUGAGCCUUGGCUUGGAGAUUUUGAGGGUCUGAUUCUGUUGCUGAUCAGACAUGAGGGGUGCUGUCUUCGUGGCCCUUGCUGCCACCAUCGGCAACUUCCUUCAAGGAUGGGAUAAUGCCACCAUCGCAGGCUCCAUUGUGUACAUAAAGGAGGACCUGGCCCUAGAAACCACCGUGGAAGGCUUGGUCGUUGCUAUGUCCCUAAUUGGAGCCACCGUGAUCACAACCUGCUCAGGAGUGAUUUCCGAUUGGAUUGGACGGCGCCCAAUGCUUAUUCUCUCAUCGGUCCUCUACUUCGUCAGCGGCUUAGUGAUGCUGUGGUCCCCGAAUGUUUAUGUCCUCUUGCUAGCCCGUCUGCUGGACGGGUUUGGUAUUGGGCUCGCUGUCACCCUUGUCCCAGUUUACAUUUCCGAGACAGCCCCUUCUGAAAUAAGAGGGCAGUUGAAUACUCUCCCUCAGUUUACGGGUUCAGGAGGGAUGUUUUUGUCGUACUGUAUGAUAUUUGGGAUGUCUCUGGAAACCAGUCCAAGCUGGAGGCUGAUGCUUGGGGUGCUUUCAAUUCCUUCGAUGAUUUAUUUUGUGUUGACGGUUUUCUACCUUCCUGAGUCUCCAAGGUGGCUCGUCAGUAAGGGGAGGAUGAGUGAGGCGAAGAAGGUUCUUCAACAACUUCGCGGCAGGGAGGACGUUUCAGGUGAGCUGGCAUUACUAGUUGAAGGUCUUGGAAUCGGGGGAGAGACAUCAAUCGAGGAGUACAUAAUAGGAGCAGCUGAUGAAUUAGGCGAUGAUCACGAGCUCGCCACUGACAAGGACAAGAUCAAGCUGUACGGGUCUCAGCAGGGACUCUCGUGGGUAGCGAAACCUGUGAAGGGAGGGCAGAGCUCGCUCGCCCUGGUCUCUCGACAGGGAAGCUUAGCUCUGAUGGACCCGAUGGUGACCCUCUUUGGCUCGGUCCAUGAGAAGCACCCUGAGACGGGAAGCAUGAGGAGCAUGCUGUUCCCGAACUUUGGAAGCAUGUUUAGUAUGGCGGACCAGCACCAUAAGCCCGAGGAGAGGUGGGACGAGGAAAGCUUGCAGAGGGAAGGAGAGGGAGAGGGAUAUGCCUCUGAGGGAGGUGAGGGAGGAGAUUCGGAUGAUAAUCUGCGCAGCCCAUUGAUUUCGCGUCAGACGACGAGUCUAGAGAAGGAGAUGGGAGCCCCACCACCACCAUCCCAUGGCAGUGUCCUGAGCAUGAGGAGGCACAGCAGCCUCGUGCAGGGAGGAGAAGCAGGAGCCACAGGGAUCGGUGGCGGGUGGCAGUUGGCGUGGAAAUGGGAAGAGAGGGAAGGCGAGGACGGGAAGAAGGAAGGUGGGUUCAGGAGGGUCUACCUGCACGAGGAAGGAGGCCCAGGAUCCCAUCGUGGCUCCCUCACCUCAAUCCCUGGUGGGCCUGAGGUUUCUGUCGAUGGGGAGUACGUGCAGGCUGCUGCUCUUGUGAGUCAGCCCGCUCUUUACUCUAAGGAGCUACUGGAGCAGCACCCCGUGGGACCUGCUAUGGUCCACCCAUCCCAGACCGCCUCGAAGGGGCCCAUCUGGGCUGCACUUCUCGAGCCUGGAGUUAAGCACGCGUUGUUCGUCGGGAUGGGGAUUCAGAUUCUUCAGCAGUUCUCAGGUAUCAACGGGGUGCUCUACUACACGCCGCAAAUCCUUGAAGAAGCUGGGGUAGAAGUCCUGCUGGCGGACUUGGGCCUUGGAACCAAUUCCGCCUCAUUCCUCAUCAGUGCAUUCACGACCUUACUCAUGCUUCCUUGCAUCGCUGUGGGCAUGAGGCUCAUGGACACCUCGGGAAGGAGGACUCUGCUCCUCACCACGAUCCCUGUCCUCGUCGUCACGCUCAUAAUUCUAGUCAUCUUCGAGCUCGUGACAAUAAGCUCCGUGGUGAAUGCUGUGAUCUGCACUGUCUGUGUGAUAGUCUACUUCUGCUGCUUCGUGAUGGCCUACGGGCCCAUCCCCAACAUCCUCUGCUCCGAGAUCUUCCCCACGCGAGUGCGAGGACUUUGCAUCGCUAUCUGCGCCCUCGUGUACUGGAUCGGCGACAUCAUCGUGACCUACACGCUUCCUGUCAUGCUCACUUCCAUUGGCCUUUCAGGCAUAUUUGGGAUAUAUGCAAUCGUCUGCGUGAUCUCGUGGAUCUUCGUGUUCCUGAAGGUCCCCGAGACAAAGGGGAUGCCCCUCGAGGUAAUCACGGAGUUCUUCUCCGUAGGGGCGAGGCAAGCGUCUGCAGCAAAGCUCGCAUAGGUUGGAAUCAUGUUUAAUGGUCAGGGUCUUAUCUCGGGGUUUCAUUAGGAAGAAGAGGAGGAGAUCAUAUUUUUCUCGUAGGAGAAUUUUGCAGAUUUAUUCGUAUAAUGCGAGAUCGAAUAUGCAUUCCGAUUCGUUCGAUCAGUUGGAUUUGAUUAUUUAUUUCUCCUUUCGCUGUAAUUGUUCCCUCUUUUUUACCUAAACAGUUUGCUGAAGAAAAUCAACCACUUUUAAUUUUCUUGGAGCAUAACUAAUAUUAGCUCCGCGCACGCGAAA